CGAUACAUGAUAAACAUUAAUGAUUAAUUAAAAUCACAAAGUGCCCAGUGAGUGUCUUAAUCAGUUUUCAGGUAGGCACUAGGCGAUAUGAAAAUCAGUUUGUAUUUUUUCUUAUUUUAUGUGUGUAAUACGGCAUGCAAUGGCGAUAAAGAAGCCGAAGAGGAGGCGAACAGGAAACGGAUACUUGACCAAUUGACGAAAACACGCACAGUGAUACUGGAUGACUACCAUUUGGUCACUAGGCAGAUAGCGACCGAUGUAUAUAUGUACAGAAGCUACCGCACUGUGUCUGUUGUGUUUUAUCCCGUCAGGAAAGACGUUAGCGAUGCACGCUUCACAUUCCAGGCUGAAGAGCUUCAUUUAAAUAACAUUGGCAGGUGCGACCCUCAAGAUGUCAUAAUCAACAUAAAGCACGGCUCCUACCCAGCCGUGAACCCUGACGGGUACCCCUUCCCUAAAGACUUCGUGGACCCGCCAACCAGGGACACUAUACACACGGUGGAACUGUUGUCGGAUGGCAAAAAUAAGACCUACAGUAUAACCCACCCCAAGCCUGGGUCUUGGUACGCGCUGGUGUACAGGAAAUGGGAGGAUCCUAGGACUCAGAAGGUUGAGCAGCAAGGUCUCGUUGCCGACUGCCACACAAUCUUAUACACGGACCUGCAAGUGAAACUAGACGAUGACAUCCGUCUUAUAGACUGUGAUCAGGGCAUCACCAUCUCCUACUCGAAUAUCCCUGCUACCUACAAAUGUAUGGUCAUCGACAACAUACAACCAGUCAACUUUAACUUUACAAUCACGAACACUGCCAGUGCUGACAGUGACGUAAUCUUCCUUGUACAAGCCCUAUAUCAACCCUCUCUAGAUAAUAACCUUCUCUCUUGCUACUUCGACCCAAGAGCCAGCAAUGUCCACUCAGUGAACUUCAUUCCUCAUCCCAACGCGUGGCAUUACUUCAGAAUAGAACACUACACCCCCGACAAUGAUACCAAAAUCAAUGACUGUAACAACCUAUACUAUGCCAGAACGGAAGAAGACGAUCUCAGCAAUCAUUCCGUUAUAGACCUUAUGCGCGAUGACAAAGGUCGCUUUUUCACAUUCGACUACGGCUUACCUACCACUGAUUUGCAAGACGCAACCAGCUUAGUCAAUCUGACCUCGGACGAAGUGAAGUCCUUAAGGUUUCCGGUGACCAAAAUCUUAGAUAUCGGAGGCACUUUAGCUUUGGAAGCUAGCCUGCUUAUGAAAAACUUAAAGUAUUACAUGGGAUGGAAAAGAGAUCGGAAAGGUGCCGAAGGAAAUUUGCUGGCGUUUACGGAGGAUAGCCAGUAUAUGCGCGUUGUGAUCUGUUUGGACAUCGGUCACACGAGCUUGCCCUUAUCGUCCGGACACUGUCAAUACAACGAUCACGUGAAACCGGCGCUGUUCGUGUUGAACAGCACGGACUCAGAGUCCAUAGACGAUAAAGUGAUAAUUCCUUUUCCCGACGACGGGCAGUGGUAUCUGACGUUCCGUUUGUUUUGCGAUGAAGUCGUCUGUCCUUGUCGGGCGUUUGAUAACGGUACGAAGUAUUACGUGAACUCUAGCGUGUUAGACAGGGACGAGGAAGACUUGGGGAACGUGUCGAUGCGAGAGGGGGAGAAGGAUUGCAACGUGACGGUGGUGCUGUCGAUUUCCUCGUCGUCUUGCGUCGGCGGCCGCUGCGGGAACCACGGCAGCUGUCUGCUCAACACGUUCGGGGGACUGAUUAUGUCUUUUUGCUCGUGCACGGCUGGUUACGGAGGCUGGGACUGCUCUGACGACUCAAGGAUGGACAGCAGUGUGUCCAUGAUCGUGUCAGUACUGCUCCUGACCCUAAGCAACAUGCUCUUCAUCAUCUCGAUCUACGUGGCCAUCAUCAGACUCUACUACACCGAAGCCAUGAUGUACGGGUUCACCAUGGUCUUCUCCACAUUCUACCACGCCUGCGACGCGCCAGCCCAGGUAGCCUACUGUAUAACCAGACCCAACAUUCUACAGUUCGGAGACUUCUACUGCGGCAUCAUGUGCUUCUGGGUAACAUUACUGGCCAUGGCCAUCAUGGGCGAUAAACUAAGAUCCUCAUUACAACUGAUCGGUGCAAUAAUCAUAGCUUUACUCACUACGUGGAACAUGCAUUCUAUAGUCGCGUUUAUUUUACCUGUGGCGGUUGGAUGCGGAUUUUUAUUCUUAAGUUGGUAUUUAGAUUGGAGAAAGGCUCAUUCGUUAAUGUUCAAGAGAUCGUAUUACACGACUUUCUUGCCUAUAGGCAUAUUGUUGGUCGGUGUGGGUUUGAUCUGCUUCGCUUUUCUUCAGACUGAGCAGAAUUAUAAGAUUGUACAUUCUAUUUGGCAUAUGAUCAUCGCUGCAAGCGUAGUGUUCCUUUUACCGGAUAUAAAACGCGGAGACGAUGUCAACCCAUUCCUGCCGAGCCCCAAUUUCUGGAGACUGCAGUUUUGUAGCAAAUUCAACAGAUCUCAGACCCCUAACACUGUCAAUAGAUCUCAAACUCCUACAACAACGGCCCCGUUAACAGCAGACUGAAAGCGUCAAUUGCCAUCCAUUAUAAAACGAGCCUUAAGUCGUUUUGCUAAGGUGCAAAUACAAAUAACGCAUUAGUGUUAGUAGUAAUUAAGAUAUAAAUGUUAUUUCCGUUAGUUAUAUGACAUUCUCCUACUAGUCAACACUAUUUUGGACGAGUACAGAUAUUUUAGGAAUUCGUAUAGCUCUUGAUAGUUAGGUGUAACGUAUUGAAUUCACAUGACAAUAGAUAAUGAUAGGUAAUAGUACAAUUUUCAUAUAUUUAUUGAAGUACAUGAAACAAAAUGAAUAAGACUGUGAGAAGAAUUAUAGAGAACUAAGCAGAGCCGGACUUGGGCAUUGUUAUCGAGGUAAAUCUAUAAGUAAUGGGCGAUUGAUGGAUGCUAA